AUGUGCGUCAGCCGCUGAACUAUUUACAGCAUAGUUAGUGAAUUUACUAUAUUUUAUUACGUGGUUGCGUCUAAACGUGACAUGAUUUGCCUUGGAUUUUUGUUUUUGAUUUGUUGGGUCAAUGAGCCGUUUAAUGUGAAUGGGAUUAAAACACUUGAGAAAGUAUGGAAAGGGAAACGCAAACUGAACAAGUAUUUAUUUGACAAUCCUCUUUAACGAACUGUACUGCUUACUUUGUAAAAGUGGGCUUCUUACAUUAGAACUCAAUCAACUCUUUUAUUAUGGAGAUAAAUGAGGAACCUCCUGUUCAAUCUUAUGGUUUAGAGACAGCAUGCUCUUCCUUGCCAGACUUAAUAACAAGCGAUGACAAUAUUGCACUCAAUUCAGCUGGAGAUGAUGACCUUCUUGUAGCUAGAAAGCAGUCUGGUAGCUUUCUUACUAAAAUACGAUCGUUAAGUCUGGGGAGGAUUAUGAGACGAGAGAAAGCCGAAAAACUUGAUCUGGAUGUGGCCUGUGAGAAGAUCAAAAUUCAUGAACUGAAUUCUUGGAAUGAUAAGUUGAAAAUGUUGCUUGAACAUAAGUACAAUGAGGAAGAUACAUCCGUGGAUGAGAUUAUUGAGGAGGCAUUUAACAACCUAUCAUUUUUGUUCCCUAACUUUCAGGAACGUUACAGAUUAGAACGAAGAAAUCCAAUAGGAAUUGGUACGACUGCGAGUAUUCAUCUCAUAUCGGACAAAAAAAAAGAGAAUCGCCGAGAGAAAAGUUACUUUAUCGCAAAACGAUUCCGGUUGGAAAGAAACAAACAGCAAAGUACAGCUUCUGUGAAAAAAUGUUUGCUUGAAUGGGCUAUUCAUUCGCAACUGGAGCACCCAAACAUUGUUAAAAUUCACAGUGCAUGCUUUGCGGAAGCGAAUUUUCUUUCCAAAACCUCGUACUUGUGUCUUAUUCAAGACUAUUGUUCUCAUGGCGAUCUUUUAACCCACCUUUUGGAAAAGCAUCUGACACAGGAUGAUAAAAACUGUUUCCUAAAACAGAUAUUGCAAGCAAUCGCUUAUGUUCAUUCCAAAGGAAUUGCACAUUUAGACAUAAAGCCUGACAAUAUUCUCUUGGCCCCAGAUGGACGGCUCCAGCUAACUGACUUCGGUACCAGCGUGCUUGUUUCUCCUGAACAUUAUUACACAAGGAUGAAAACAUGUAGAGGCAUGAGUGGCACAUUUCCCUAUGCUGCACCAGAAGUGAACGAGGAUGCUGCGUAUAGUGGGAUAUCUGCAGACUUGUUUUCAACGGGUGUGUUGUUGUUCACGUUAUUUUGUGAGUCUUUUCCAUUCCAGAAGGCAAGUAUUGAGGACACACACUACUCCCAAUUAUCUAAUUUUUAUGAGGCUCUUUGCAAAGAUAGUGAUGCUUUUGGAUCUCCCGAAACGUUUCGCUUGUUAAAGGGCGUCCCCUCGUUCAGACUUUUUCACUCUAUUCCGUUAGGUGCAAAACGUAUAAUCAUGGCUAUGAUGCAUCCGAACCCGAGUAUGCGACCGGAUAUCACCGUCAUUCGACGAAGGAAAUGGGUACAGCAAAUCAACUGUUGCUGCGAUGAAGACCAGCUUGAUACUCCCGAGUUGGUUGAUGUCUCUCUGCCUAUUAAGAAUCUUAAAGGCUUAAAACUGAUCCAUCAUCACGCUCUUAGUUAAUCUUUGCCAAUUCAGGCUGGAUACUUUUCAUCUUAAACUUUUCUUUACUUAGCUUGGUUGAACUUCGCAAACAAUUUUCCUAAACAGCUCGGACUUUUUCUGCAUAUAAAUAUUAAAUACUUUUUUUCAUAGCAUCAGUGAACAUAAGCUUUCAAUAUGCAUGUCUUAUACA